CGGGAGCGGGACAAGAUGGCGGCGGAGCGCGCGGAGGCGGCGGGAGCGGGGCCGGGGGGGGCCCCCGGGGAGCCCCUCAGGGACCCCCGCGCCGCCGAGCGCUCCCCCUACGCGAGCUGGGCCCACCCCGAGCUCCAGGCCACGCUGGCCGGCAUCGGGGCCCCCGCGCAGGGGACCCGUGAGGAGCUGCUGGAGCGACUCCAGGCCUACACCCUGCAGACUGGGAUCGUGCUGAGCCGCCCCAACCUGCGCCCCGAGGAGGGGGACAAGGCCCCGCCCCCCCAGCUGCCCCCCCUGCUCCCUCCCCCCCCUCCGGGGCUGGGCUUGGGUUUUGGGCUGGGGGGGGGUCCCGUGGGGGGGGUCCCGGUGCCCCCCCCGCCCCCUCCCCCGGGGGGGCUGUCGGAGGAGGAGCGGCUCUCGCUGGGGCAGCAACAGGCGGCCCUGCUGCUGCAGGAGGAGAGGGGCCAGCACCCCUUUGGGGACAAGGCCAAGGAGCAGGAGCUGCUGGAGCAGCAGAAGAGGGCCGCGGUGCUGCUGGAGCAGGAGCGGCAGCAGGAGAUGGCCAAGCUGACCCCCCCGCCCCCCCCGGCCCCCCGCGGCCCCCCUGAGGGGACCCCCCUGGGCACCCCCCUGGGCACCCGGACCCCGCUGGCCCCCCGAGGUGGUCCCAUGGGAGCCCCCCUGCCCAUGGGGGCCCCCCGGCCCCGAGGACCCCCCCCACCCCCUGGGGAGGAGAGCAGAGAGCCCGAGGACUCCGGGGUGGGCCCCAAGAUCCCGCAGGCGCUGGAGAAGAUCCUGCAGCUCAAGGAGAGUCGGCAGGAGGAGCUGGUCACCGUCCCGGGGGGCUCAGGGGAGGAGGAGAUGGAGACGGAGCCGCGGGCGUCGGCCUCGGAGACCGAGGAGGACACGGGGGGCUCCAAGAAGGAGAGGAACCGGAAGCGCCGGAACCGCAAGAAGAAGAAGCGGGGGGGGAGGGGCGCGGCCCGGGAGGGUCCCCCCACCCCCACCCCCCCCAAGGGGGACCCCGAGACCCCCGGGGAGACCCCCCCGGAGGUGGAGAUCGAGUACGUGACCGAGGAGCCCGAGAUCUACGACCCCAACUUCGUCUUCUUCAAGAGGAUCUUCGAGGCCUUCAAGCUGACGGAUGACGUGAAGAAGGACAAGGAGAAGGAGCCGGAGCGGGCGGAGAGGGCGGAAAACGCCGGAGCCCCCCGGAAAAAGGGACCCGAGGACGGGACCAGGGGCAGCGACGGGGACAGCUCGGAGGAUGAGCAGGAGAAGAAGCAGGAGGUCCCCAAGCUCUCCAAGAAGAAGCUGCGGCGCAUGAACCGCUUCACCGUGGCCGAGCUGAAGCAGCUGGUGGCCCGUCCGGACGUGGUGGAGAUGCACGACGUGACGGCUCAGGACCCCAAGCUGCUGGUGCACCUCAAGGCCACGCGGAACUCGGUGCCGGUGCCGCGGCACUGGUGCUUCAAGAGGAAGUACCUGCAGGGCAAGAGGGGCAUCGAGAAGCCCCCGUUCGAGCUGCCCGAGUUCAUCAAGCGCACGGGCAUCCAGGAGAUGAGGGAGGCCCUGCAGGAGAAGGAGGAGCAGAAGACGAUGAAGUCCAAGAUGCGGGAGAAGGUUCGGCCCAAGAUGGGCAAGAUCGACAUCGAUUACCAGAAGCUGCACGACGCCUUCUUCAAGUGGCAGACCAAGCCCAAGCUCACCAUCCACGGGGACCUCUACUACGAGGGGAAGGAGUUCGAGACGCGGCUGAAGGAGAAGAAACCGGGAGAUCUCUCGGAUGAGCUGAGGAUCGCACUGGGAAUGCCCGUGGGACCGAACGCCCACAAGGUGCCCCCCCCGUGGCUGAUCGCGAUGCAGCGCUACGGACCCCCCCCCUCCUACCCCAACCUCAAGAUCCCGGGGCUCAACUCCCCCAUCCCUGAGGGCUGUUCCUUCGGGUACCACGCGGGGGGGUGGGGGAAGCCCCCCGUGGACGAGACGGGGAAGCCGCUUUAUGGGGACGUGUUCGGGACCAACGCGGCCGAGUUCCAGACAAAGGAAGAGGAGGAGGAGAUCGACCGGACCCCCUGGGGGGAACUGGAGCCCUCGGACGAGGAAUCCUCGGAAGAGGAGGAGGAGGAGGAGAGUGAUGAAGAAAAACCGGAUGAGACCGGAUUCAUCACCCCUGCUGACAGCACCCAUUGA